AUGACGUCCACGAGAUCUUCGAGGUUGGAAACAGAAGACGAGCACAGAAGGAGAGUGCUCGAGGAUGCAGUAAUAACUUUGGUUAGUCGGGAUAACUGCCAGAGGCAUGGACAGACCGCAUUUGAUAAAGUCUUACAAAUGCGACCUCCUUCAUAUAAUGGCACUACUGAUCCGGUGAUAUUAGAAGGAUGGAUCCAGACCAUGGAAAAAGUAUUCCGGGCGACCAGAUGCUCAGAAGAAGAGAAACAUGAUAUCGGCGCCUAUUAUCUGGAGGGUGAAGCAGACAAUUGGUGGACAAUGUUGCACCCGUUCGCCCCUCAUGCUUGCCCAGCCAAAGCUGAGAAGGUUCUACGGUACAUCAACCGUAUGGACCCAAGAGUGCAGAUUUCGGUGAUGAGUUCGAAGCCUGCAACGUUCCAGGAGGGGUAUGAUAUAGCCCUGAGUAUCCAUACUACUAUCCUAGAGAACGAAGCCAGAAUGAGGAAUGCUAGACCACCACCACAACAACAAUUCCUGAGAAGGAUCAACAUUGAGAAAGGUGGAAGUUCUAGAAUUCCGCCAAGGCCGGUGAUUCAUGAGAAACCCACAUUUCAACAGGCACCCGUACUUCGCAACAUUGUAGAACCCAGAAAAUGCAACCGUUGUAGUAAGAACUCGCAUCCAGGAGUCACCUGUGAGGAAAAACUGAUAGUCUGUUACAGAUGCCAAGAACUAGGGCAUAAAUCAUAUCAAUGCCCGAAUCUGGAGCUGCUAGACUUACCUCGCCUGCAACACAGAAGAAUCGAGUGUAUUGCAUGA